GUAAACUGCUGCAGGUGAACACAGGAGCUAAAGAGCAGCUUUUCUUCGAGGCACCAAGAGGAAAAAGACAAACAAUCAAGAACUCUGAGCUGGAGCGGGUGGACUGGUCCAGCUGGACGUGCGUUCUGGGUUCAAGCUGUGAGGGAAUCUGGCCGACGCACAGCGACAUCACCGACGUCAACGCCGCGUCGCUCACCAGAGACCGAGCACUGCUCGCCACCGGAGACGACUUCGGCUUCCUCAAGCUGUUCAGCUACCCUGUCAGAGGUCAGUACGCUCGUUUUAAGCGUUACGUAGGCCACAGCGCUCAGGUGACCAACGUCCGCUGGGCUCAGGAUGACUCAACCCUGCUGACGGUGGGCGGGGCUGACACCGCCCUGAUGAUCUGGGCGAGGGAACGAGGAGGCGGGGUCGGUGGGGACGGGGAGGGGCCUUUGUUCCGUGACAACCGACCCCCUGUGGACAGCGAGGAGUCGGACGACGACACCGAGGAGGAUGGAGGCUACGACAGUGACGUCGCCCGAGAGAAGACGGUGGAUUACAGCACCAAGAUUUACGCCGUCAGCAUCCGAGAUAUGAGAGGAACCAAACCUCAUCAACAGCUGAAGGAGGUGUCUGCCGAGGAGAG